AUGGUCGACCUUGAAAAGGAUGGGAAAGACCAAACUUCCUCUCUAGGGAUCGGGGGUGGAAGCACUAUAGCUUCUUCCACUACCUUACCCGGAGAGAAUAACGAUGUCGACGAUGCUGGCUAUGCCAACGAAGAACACUCCUUCGACGUAGGCUGGACGGCGUGGUCCCAAGUCCUAGCCUCAUUCUUCCUCUUCUUUAAUACAUGGGGAGUCGUCACAGCGUUUGGUGUAUUCCAAACAUACUAUGAGCUUAACCUGCUUGACUACCUAUCACCCUCAUCCAUCUCCUGGAUUGGAUCCGUGCAGUCUUUCUUACUGCUUUUCUUUGGAUCUUUUACCGGCGCCCUGUUUGAUGCAGGGUAUUCCAGGCAACUCCUAGUGGUGGGCUGGGUCCUGAUACCGCUCGGACUCAUGAUGACCAGUAUAGCCACUCAAUACUGGCAGAUAUUCCUGGCUCAAGCUCUUUGCAUGGGCCUAGGAUUCGGCUGCGUGUUUGUCCCCGGCGUUGCUGUUUUACCGCAAUACUUUAAGAAACGAAGAGCCAUCGCCAACGGAAUAGCUGCAACUGGCAGUGGCAUCGGCGGCCUUAUCUAUCCCAUUGUCUUCCGCCAGAUGCAGAAAAGUCUUGGAUUCCCGUGGGCCACACGAGUGCUAGGUUUCAUUGUCUUUGCCACCAUGUCCGUCUCCGUUUCCCUAUUGAAGAUGAGAUUCAAGCCCACAGAACGACGCAGUUUGAUCCAGCUUUCGGCAUUCCGGGACCCUGUAUAUUCACUUUUCUGUGUCUCGCAGUUCUGUGGUUUUCUAGGCCUAUACAACAUGAUGGUGUACAUCCAGCCCUACGCCAUCGACCAAGGGAUAAUGGGCACCGAUCUAGCCUUUUACCUCCUCGCCAUCCUCAACUCCGCGUCCACCUUUGGUCGAAUAAUUCCAAACUACUUUGUCGACUUUUUUGGCCCCUUGAAUGUCAUGAUACCUAUGGCAUUCGGCUCCGGAAUCAUAGCGCUUGGUUGGAUAGGGGUUCACAGCACUGCUAGCAUCAUAGUAAUCGUGAUACUAUAUGGUUUCUUUUCCGGGGCCUUUGUAUCCGUACCUCCGGUGGUGCUGAUUGGCAUAACUCCUGACCUACGAGAUUUUGGCACCCGCCUUGGGAUGGCGUUUGUGUUCAACUCUGUUGGUACCCUUGCAGGUACGCCUAUCGGAGGAGCCAUCAUCCAUGCAUCAGGCAAUCAGUACCUGGGUGUACAACUCAUGGCUGGAACCUGUCUAAUCAUGUCGGGGAUAUUCCUUGUCAUUGCCAGGUUUGUCAAAUCUGGGCCGAAAGUAUUUAUCUAUGUCUAG